CCCACUUACUCUAAACAUGACUUCCAAGCUGGCUGUUGCUCUUCUGGCAGCGACCUUGCUUUCUGCAGCUCUGCACGAAGCUUCAGUUCUGCCGAGAAUAGAGACAGAACUUCGAUGCCUGUGCAUUGGUACACACUCUAUACCUUUCCACCCCAAGUUUAUCAGGGAACUGAGAGUGAUUGAGAGUGGACCACACUGUGCUAAUUCAGAAGUCAUUGUAAAGUUGGACAAUGAAACAUCGCUCUGCCUGGACCCUCAGGAAAACUGGGUGCAAAAGGUUAUAGAGUCAUUUUUAGAGAUAGCUGAGAAGAAAGAGCAAUAA